AUGCGCAGAAACUUGACAACCAUGUCAUCCUUGGCUGCAGUAGUCUUGCUGCGUGAAUCUGAAAACCCCUCGAAAAAGGAUGUUAUGGGUCCUGUUGCGAAACGCCUCCGCGAAGGGCUCGCCUUGGAGAUAACCAGCCUGCUGAUCAAGAUAAAUAUCUGGGGAAUCGUCUGCCACGAAGCUUCGCGCAAGAUCAGAGUUCUCAAGCUGGAGCGAGGUGAUUGGGAUGACGUGAUCAGGUGUAGCCUAGACGUGGUUAACUUGAACGCAUCAUCGAAACCUGAAUUCGAAGCGAUUUCUUACGUCUGGGGUGGCGGAUCGGAAAGCCCGCCACAUAUUCUGGUAAAUGGCCGCAUGUGUAAUGUGCACGUUAAUCUCCUAGCAGCUAUCCGACACUUUCGCAGCACAACAAGCACGAGAACGCUCUGGGUGGAUGCUAUUUGUAUCAACCAGAAUGAUGUCAAGGAGCGAAACCGACAAGUGGGGAUUAUGGGGAUUAUUUAUCGUCAAUGUAAGAGGGUACUGAUCUGGCUGGGUGAGAGUGAAGCAGCGACCUCCCGAAUGAGCCGAACGAGUUUUUGCAAGUGGGAGACAGACUUCAGCGUGCUAUCUCCGCAUCCUUUGAUCCACGACCAUGACCGAGAGAAAAUCAGACAGUUCGUGGCCAGAUACAAGAGAUACUACCAGCUACCCUUCGCACUCCGGUAUCACUCGAGGAUCGAUAGCGUCAUGGGAGCAUAUUGUCUUAUCAGCCUGCUCGCUCAAAAUUAUUGCCUUAAUCAGGAGAAUUUCCCCUUCUUAUGUCAAGAAGCCUCACGCAACAUCUUUCUAGCUCUCGGGGAUAUCGUGUCUAGGCCCUGGUGGACUCGCAUUUGGGUUAUUCAAGAGCUUGUCCUGGCGCCUCAGGCUAUGGUCUAUUAUGGCAGAUUCAUUGCCCCCUGGGAUCUUUAUCCCUACGACAUCCGACUGCUUGAAACUUUCAUGCAUGCAGUACUCGAGAUUCAAGAUUUGCGACAGCAAUGGCAAGCAUUGCUGAGCGGCGAUAGAGGUGGCGACAGAAGUGGCGACAGAAGUGGCGAAAACACUCGGAUCUAUCUUCGUCAUUUGCUGUGGAAAUUCCGCAGUCGCAUCAGUUCCGAUCCAAGGGACCAAAUCUACGCGCUUCUGUCCCUAGUCAACUCCUGGGGAGCCGGACGGAGUAUGUAUGUUGACUACAAAGUUGACAUGAAAAUCCUCUACCAAGUUACUCCUGAACGCAUAAUCAACGCUGAGGAAUCUCUGCUCAUUCUCGCGGGAGUAACUGCCAAAAAGGAAGGUCAUGAUGACUUGCCAUCCUGGGUUCCGGACUGGACGACUCAGCCUUCUUCUCGUUUCGAGUCGGAACGACUGGAACGACUGGAUCUCUUCAAGGCCUCCAAUGGAGCGAAGAUGAAGUUGCCAGUGCGGGUAGUCGAAAACUCCCUCCUGAGGCUCCACGGCAAGUGCGUCGAUGAGGUCACAGAUGUGUCGGAUCUCAUGACGUAUGACGACAGAAAUUUAGAUGAUUCUUUCGACACAUUCGCUUCGUGGUAUAAUUUGGUCAUCCGUGGCGGCCCGAUGACAGCCAAGUAUGUCACUGGCCGAGAAACGAGGAUGGAGGCCUACUGGAGGACUUUAUGCAUGGACACAGCUAGGAAGAAUACUGUGACAGGAGCCACCUACGGCAAGGGAUACGAGUAUCAGCGGUGUGCUCCUGACUACGUUCAAAAGUCUCUUGAUUCGUGGAUGGAUCCAGAGCUAAAACCUCACCUCGCUCUCACAAGAGGUUACCAUCAAAACGCAACUUCCUCACUCGAUAAAACCGAUGGGGCCACUCAGAUUACCCCUCCACUUAGGACCGAUCAGGGCAAGGAUCUCUCAAUCCGUGAUGAAAGCCUGAAUUACAUUGAGGUGGACAUGUUCCUUUCAUUGUUCGCAAGGCUCAAAACAGACCUGUAUUGA